AUGUCAAUCGAUACUAUUCAUAAUCAUGAGAAUCCAAAGGGAUCACAUUCUGCAGCGACGACUUCACAUCAUUCACUCGAUAGGGAAAGAGAUUCGGGUCCUUCUUUUCAAUUCCCAAGAACACUCUCGUCUAACCUUUCAGAACGCGGUAAUGGGGUUAAUCAAGGAGUAGGUUCAGAUGGAGUUUUCGAUGAGAAAAUGACAAACGGACGUGAAAGUUUGAAAGGGGAGGAGGGAAAUAAAAGGGAUGAAAAACUCAUGUACGAUCUCGAAAAUGUUACUUCGGCCAUUGAGAGGUUGUACGCUGCAGCUCCGCAGUUAGAUAAUCAGAGGGUUGAAAUGAGGGCUGGACCAAGUACGGAGAGGAUUACUGAGAAUGGAGAAAAGGCUAGGGAGAGGAUGGAGAGAGAUAAAUGGAGAGAGUUGGAAGAGAUUUGGAAGAUGAUCGAACAUGCUCAUAGGAGGGUUAGAGAUGGUAGAGAUGGUCAGAGGGUUGAUAGAGAAGGUUUGAGGGAGAGGAGAGAGGAUAGAGUCCAGAUCGCACUUUCUUUCCAGUCCGGUCUUAGCGAUUUGCGUAUUCACGCUCAUCAGCAGAGACAGAAAUUUUUCGACGACCUCGUAGACAACGGUGAGAAUGGAAGGUUUGUCGAACAAGAUUGUGAACGGCAUUCUGUGGACGCCACCGAAGCUCGGGCUAGGGAAUCCCGUAAUCGAGAUGAGUUCAUUCAGCAACUCGUCGACGCCGCUCAAGACCGUCUCCCAUCUCAAGACGCCGACGCCCCGGGGUCAUCAGUGGAAUUGCGCCAACGACGGUUAGAGGCUUUCACACAUGACAUCAUUGAACGCGUCAGUGCUUCCCGAUACAAUUCACAAGACUACCCUACGACGCCAGAGGCGCGAAUGCAAGCUCAGCGAGAACAGCUCGUAGAUGAUAUCAUACGUUAUUCCUCUUCGGGAAGACUCGUAGAUCAACGAUCUCUUCCUCCUACUCCUCGCGCGGACAAGGCGGAUCCCAUGGAGGUAGUUUCCGUGAAAGAUUUUCUACUCACCAAACCGAGUUCAUCCAAGCUUUCCGAAAGGAGAAAGAGCGUCGGAGGGGAGACAGGAGGUCGAUCUAGGUCAAAUUCUUCGGAAGAGGGGAGAAAUGGGUUUGCAAAAUUCAAGAGCAUUGUGCGACGUAGUAGCUUAAGCUUGGGAUUGAUCAGUAAUCCUCUAGAACAUCAAGAGAAUCUCAACAUUGUUCAAAUCAUGCUUCACGGACCACAUUUGUCUUCCGUAACCGACCUCGUUGUUCAAGUUCCCCCGCCCCUCCCUAACCUUGCCCACAUCACAAACUCCUCACAAGAGACAGGAGUGACAGAAGCUCUCAUCGUCUCCAAACGUGACCCUGCAUCAUCUUUCCGAAUCUCCCUUCCUGUCGCUGUACGGCAAGACCAAACAGUUCCCCUCAUACCUCAAAGUCUUCAUCUAGAAGCCAAACUAGCCUCACUACCCAUCCGUCCUGAGCCCAGCGCAUUCUCACUUCAUAGCGCUCUAUCUCAUCCCAUGUCCGGAUCGGAACUUCGGUCUUUCAAACCUCACACGUUGGCGUGUGCGUCGUGUCAAUGUGACUUGGCGGAUCUGAGUGAUAUCACGUUGGAGGGAUACAAAGAUUUACCAUCGGAACAUUGGGCUGAAAUGCUGGAUGUGUGGAUGUGUCACCAAGAUCCGAGUUGGACCUCACAGCUAGCUGAGAAGACCAAUGAUGGGUUUUGGCCUACUUUGAAGACUGUAUUGGUUGGAGGUAGUUAUUUGUUAGUGCACAGAGAUCAUGUGGACUUGAAGAUUCUCACUGCGGAAAAAUCAUCCGCUGAACAAGGGUGGUUUUCGUUAAAUUGUACGUGCGGCGCGGUACUCGGUAAACAGCGAGAGAAAGAUGGACGACCUGGUGAAGGAACCGUGAGAUUUGAUAAAUGGGCUCUUCCCCUUCAACAUCCCCUUUCAGCAUAUAUAAUCUCCGACAUGCUAGCUCUAGCUCAAGCACACGCAUCAUAUCGUUUCAUCAUCUCCGACCCCAUUGGACCUCGGAUGAAAAUAUGGCUUUUCAAUCCAUCCGUCCGAAUCUCUUAUCGUCGUGCCACCUCCAAUAACUCUCCAAGUCCUUCACCAUUCCGUGCGACUUUCACCCCUUCUCGUAGAUCGAGUAACACUUCCCUCGUACAUUCAAAAAGUACUGAUAUGAACGGUGAUCACUUACGACCCAAGGGACAUUCAACUUCAAGUAAUGUGAAGGGAGGGACGAGGAUAUUGAGAGCGGCAAAAAUCAUGUAUCGUAUUCUUCCAUCUUCGUCAGACGAAGAAUUACCUGGGUUUGGGGAGAUGAAUCAGGUGGAAAGUUUGGUUUAUCCCACAAGUGUUUGUGAGGUUUUGGAAAGGAUUUUAAGGGAGAGUACGGGGAUGUAUCCUUUAGCAAGAAGGACGAUGGGUGCUUUUGAUGUUGGGUUUUUGGAACGUGUGUGA